AUGGAAGAAGAGAGUGUUCUAGAAAUAACGAUUCCCGGAACAAGAAAUGUCGAGGGCAAAUAUACCGAGUAUGAGGUUGUAUGUGUCACUAAUAACAAAAGCUUCAAGAAGCGUUACACAAAGGUUUUUAAGCGAUACAGAGAUUUCUACAAACUUCACUCCAGGCUCAGAUGCCUUGUGAAAGUACUUCCGGAGUUUCCAAGAAAGAGGUGGAACAAAAUGAGUGGGGAUGUUGUGGAGGAAAGAAUGAGAAUGCUUCCAAUCUACAUGAAGUUUGUGUGCGACCAGAUUCUGUCGGAUAGAGAAGCCUCUGGAAAGAUAGAGGCAGACAUUGUAGACUUCAUACAAGGUAAAGAUCCCGAGCUUGAUGGUUAG